CCUCUCUCCUCGUCAACAAGCCUUACCCUUUAAAGCGGUUCUCUGUGAUGCUCUUGAUUGCUCCAAUGGAAAAGGCCCCGAGAUCCAAAGGCACGAUUGUGCUACGAUAUCUUCAAAAAGCUGCAACCUUUACGAUCACCAACACUCCCCACAGCCCCCGCGCCGCCGCCGGCGAACGGCCGCCGGCGAUCACAUCGAUCAUUCCGACGGAAGCUUGGCAUAAAAAGCAGAACUUCAACGAAGAGCCGACGUCGCCUAAAGUCACCUGCAUAGGCCAAAUCAAGCACAGGAAGACGGCUGCGGAGAGGAAGAAGACGAAGAAGAAGAAGAACACGAAUAUCCCCUUUGCAAUUACGCGGAUUUUGAGCCAGAGGGUUAGACCGGAUCAUAAGGAGAAUAGGAAGGAGAAGAUCGUGGCCUCCCCUGUUCCAGCUCUCGGCCAAUUGAAAAGGUUUGCGAGCAGGCGCGAGCUGUCGACGCUUGCUGAUUUUGAUUGGGAGAGAGAGGUGGCGGCGCUGCCGCCGGAGACUGCGGCGGAGGACGGCGUGAAUAUUUAUCACUCUGCGCCGCUGGUGUUAGGCGGCGAUGUGGUGUCGGAGGAGCAUAAGGAGAUUGGUUUGUGGAGGAGGAGAUCUAUAGCUGCCCUCAGGCCUAUUCAGGUGAAUAAGUGAUUUUUUUUUUUUCAGUGGGGCGAUUGCAUAAAGGGCACCCAAAUCAUUGCUAUUUACAAAUUAUGGAGGAUUUGAUAAAAAUGAAAUUUUUGGGUUUGAAUUUUACCAUGAUGUUUGAUAUUUAAGGGGGAAUUUUGAAAAAUGGAUGAAAGAGGAUGGUUGGUUUGCCAGUAACAAGUUUUUGGGUGGUCUCUAUGUAAAUUGCCCCAUUUUUUGGGAUUAAAUAUUUAUGGGGAAUUUUUCUUAGCAUAGAAAAUAAUAUGAAAUUACUAUGUGAUGUAUUUUAGUAUGUUGGAGGGCUAAUUCCCUAUAAAAGUUUUUUCCCAGUAUUUUGUGUGUUAAUUUGGUGGUUGUUUUCUGUAAAG